AUGACAGUCACAGAAAAAGAAUUGACAAAUCACACCUAUAUUGACCAUGAGCUGUCAGCAAAUCUGGACUCUGCCGAGGCGUUUGAGGGACCAGAGAAGCUACUGGAGAUAUGGUUCUAUGCUGAUGCACAAGACAUUCCCGAGCCUCGAGGGACGAAGAAGACUUUGCGUGACAUAGAGGUAGCCAAAUGGGUGGAAAUUCUUAAGUUGGUCAAAUGCGAGGUGUUAUCCGUGAGAUCUACUGCUGUAAUGGAUGCUUUCCUACUCAGCGAGUCAUCGCUGUUCGUCUAUGACCAUAAGAUCACCCUCAAGACAUGCGGAACAACCACUACUCUGCUCUGCCUCCAGCUGCUGUUUGAUACCAUAAACACCGAGCUCGGCUGGGACGUAUGCAAAAGAAUCGAGUCCACCGGCAAGUACUUCCCAUACAAAGUGUUCUACUCGAGACGCUGUUUCAUGUUUCCCCUGAAGCAACGCAGUAUUCACAAGAACUGGAGCAACGAGGUCGACUACUUGAACACAUUUUUCAGCUGCGGCCGCAGUUAUCUAGUAGGCCGCAACGACGAAAGCAACCACUGGAACCUGUACGUAACGGAGACUAACAAGUCGAUGGUUCAAAAGGCAAAGAGCGAAGAUCCAGAUGAGACGCUUGAAAUUCUCAUGACAGGGCUCGACCAUGAGCGAGCUAAGCAAUUCAUCCGCAAGCGCGGUCUCUGCGAGCAGCAGACCGCAGAAAAGUCCGAAGAAGACGAGGGCCAUAUGCUCGGAUUUAACAUAACAAAGAGUACCAAACUGGACCUCGUCUACGAGAACAACAUCAAAGCUGCGUUCCACCACGAUGCGUUCGCUUUCACGCCUUGCGGCUACUCGGCAAACAUGAUGCUCGACGAAGAAUACUACUACACGCUGCACGUCACGCCAGAGAAGGGCUGGUCGUAUGCCUCGUUCGAAAGUAACGUCCCCGUCGCCAAGAUUUCGCAGGGAAAGCAAGACAACGUACAGGUACUCAACCAUGUGCUACAGGUGUUCCAACCCAACGAUUUCUGCGUCACCUUUUUCACCAAGGACGACCUGAAGGAGUCCUACAGUAGAUACAUGCAGAUCGGCGAGCAAGUCCCCGGGUACUCCAGGAGAGACAGAAUCAUCUACGAUCUUGAAGACUACCAACUAUUAUAUAUGAGGUUUGAGCGGUCUCUAUAG